UGACUCACUGAGAGCCAUCUCGGACCCAUAUGUGUUCUAAUUAAAUGACUAUCUGAUUGAUUUAAGUUGUUUGUUAACUACAAAAAUGCAGUCUGACAGAGACACAGAGCAGAAUACCAAACGUGAUGACCAGUCUGAACUUCAGGGUGUGGUCCUUUCUCAAUGAGAACAGUGAUCUUGUCCAGACGUGGUUUUUAUUAAACCAGCAUGUGUCCAAGAACUGUUCGUUUAGCCGAAUGUGGCAGACGCUCCUCUGAUAAAAUGGUAGUUUCACAUCUCAAGACGAGUCAAGUCUGCAGAGCCUCAUGAGGCUGUACAGAAAAGUGGAAAUGACAAAGUUUACAUGAGGUCUCUUUGGAACAGUUGGACUGACCAAACUCUUCUGAGAGGGCCUUCGCUUUGUUUGAAGAUGCUCUCAUGAUGUCAGAACAUAAGAAGAUGAUUUGAGCAACGAUUUCUUUAUCACACGAACUGACGUGAAAAUGCAAAACGGCGUGAAAUGAAAAUAUUCAUCCGAGUUGAUUAGCUUCCUCCACACGGUGCCCAGGCUCUGCUCUGCAUGAGGAGUGCAGUUAUUGGGAGUGGAGUUGCUGCUCACCCCCUAUCGGAGGAUUCAGUUGGGGUGAUUUGGCAUCAGGUGAUGAUGCUUCCUGUUUGUUUUCUUCUGGAGGCACUGGAAUAAAACUGUGGGAGAGACCCGGAACUCACUCCAGGAAUUAAAUAGUCUCUAUGACCUGGACACACCUUGACGUCUCCCAGGACGUCUGGGAUUUCCCUCAGAAAAAUGAGUGAACUUUGUUCAACCUUGUUGAUCAGCUUGUUUAGCGUCUGCCCACCUGUUAGCAGCAAGAUGAGUGAUCAGUCAUCAGUGUCAUAUUUCCUUCGCAUCUAGUUAACAUUUGUAGAUUCUCAUCUAGAUUUGUUUUGACGUGUUUAUUUCAUCAGCUGUAGUUUGUAACGUUUUAUUUUUUUUCUCUGAGAAGACAGAAAAUUCAACGUUAAACACAGUCCCGUAAGAAUGAGCGGAGCAGAGAGGGGCCCGACAGCAGGGACGGGAUCUGUGCUCUCCGUGUCUUUGUGUAGCGGUUGUUCAUGACAAGCACUCUUUGUGCCUUCAGGAGAUCACAUGUCACAAUAUUUGAACAGCUGCAGACUGAAGUUGGCGCAUUUGUACUCGUCCUUUCACGCCAAAAGCAGGAAUCUGUCUGAUAAAAUCUACGGAAGAGUGAGGACAAGCAAAAUGACAGCAUGGAUGAAUGAAUGAAUGAAUCUGUUGACGACUGAAAAUGCUUGAGGCUGGAAGCUAAAGCCCUCCAACAGAGAGAGGCUCUUACCGGGCUGGGGCUGGACCCACGGCCCCCUACCUUAGGGUGGGGCGAAGGGCUCUCUAAGCCCUUCAUAAGUCAGGAGCAUGGGGGAUGGAGGUGCCAGUGCAGCUGGAGGAGAAGGGGUGAACCUAUCCCACGCGCUGUUUGACAAAUUUGUUCAGGCGUCAACAUGUAAAGGCACCCUCAAGGCCUUCCAGGAGCUGUGUGAACACCUGGAAGUGAAGCCUAGCGAGCACAGGAUUUUCUAUCACAAACUCAAGUCCAAACUUAACUACUGGAAAGCCAAGGCACUGUGGGUGAAGCUAGAUAAGAGGGCCGUCCAGAAGGAAUACAAGAAGGGACGUGCCUGUGCCAACACGAAGUGUCUGAUCAUUGGUGCGGGGCCAUGCGGGCUACGUACAGCCAUCGAGUUGGCUUUUCUGGGGGCCAAAGUGGUGGUUUUGGAGAAAAGAGAUGCCUUCUCCAGAAACAAUGUGCUACACCUCUGGCCUUUCACCAUCCAAGACCUCAGGGGCCUUGGGGCCAAGAAGUUCUAUGGGAAGUUCUGUGCUGGUGCUAUUGACCAUAUCAGUAUUCGUCAGCUACAGCUCAUGCUGCUCAAAGUGGCUCUUCUGCUGGGCAUUGAGAUCCACGUCAACGUAGAGUUUAAGGCUCUUAUUGAACCCCCUGAAGAUAAAGAGAGCGAGGGGAUAGGCUGGAGGGCUGAGGUCCACCCCAGGACACACCCUGUCAAUGAACUGGAGUUUGAUGUCAUCAUUGGAGCGGAUGGAAGGAGAAACACACUACCAGGAUUUCGGCGUAAGGAAUUCAGAGGAAAGCUGGCCAUAGCGAUCACCGCCAACUUCAUCAACAGGAACACAACGGCCGAGGCAAAGGUUGAGGAGAUCAGUGGCGUGGCCUUCAUCUUUAACCAGAAGUUCUUUCAAGAUCUCAGGGAGGCGACAGGUAUUGACCUGGAAAACAUUGUCUACUACAAGGAUGACACGCAUUACUUUGUGAUGACUGCCAAAAAACAGAGCCUGCUGGAGAAAGGAGUCAUUCUGCAUGACUAUGCAGACACGGAGCUCCUCCUGUCCAGAGCUAACGUGGACCAGGCUGCCUUGCUGUCUUACGCUCGCGAAGCUGCAGAUUUCUCCACGAACCACCAGCUCCCCACACUGGACUUCGCCAUCAACCAUUACGGUCAGCCCGAUGUAGCCAUGUUCGACUUCACCUGCAUGUACGCCUCGGAGAACGCCGCCAUGGUACGACAACGCGGCGGCCACACGCUGCUGGUGGCGCUCGUAGGCGACAGCUUGCUGGAGCCGUUCUGGCCCAUGGGCACCGGCAUCGCUCGAGGUUUCCUGGCAGCCAUGGACUCGGGGUGGAUGGUGAAAAGCUGGGCCCAAGGGAAAACUCCUCUAGAGGUUCUAGCUGAGAGGGAGAGCAUAUACCGACUUCUGCCUCAGACAACGCCGGAAAAUGUCAGUAAGAACUUCAGCCAGUACAGUCUGGAUCCUACCACACGUUACCCAAACAUCAGCCUCAACUUCCUCAGGCCCAGUCAGGUACGCCACCUCGUUGACACGGGGGAGUGCAGGGAAAUGCGCAUUGACAUUGAGAAUGUGAUCAGCUUGUCUACGCCGAAGUUGACCAGGAAUGACGAUUACCUGCUUGACAGACAGUUACAAGAAUCCGUAGCUCGGUCCAGUAAACUGCUCAACUGGUGCCAGAGGCAAACGGAAGGCUACAGGAACGUUAAUGUGACGGACCUGACUAUGUCCUGGAAGAGCGGCUUGGCGCUGUGCGCGCUCAUACACCGGUACAGACCGGACCUCAUUGACUUUGAUUCUCUGGAUGAGCAGGACCACGCGAGGAACAACCAGCUCUCUUUUGACGUGGCGGAGAAAGAAUUUGGCAUCUCGCCAUGCAUGACCGGCAAGGAGAUGUCUUCUGUAGUGGAGCCAGACAAGCUCUCUAUGGUCAUGUACCUCAGCCAGUUUUACGAGAUGUUUAAGGACACAGUGCCACCUGGAGACAAUCACAACCUGAGCCCAGAGGAGAAAGCUGCUUUGAUUUCCAGCACCAAGUCUCCCAUCUCCUUCCUCAGCAAGCUGGGUCAGAGCAUCGCUAUCUCCAGGAAACGAAACCCCAAGGACAAGAAGGAGAAGGAUGCCGACGGUUUGGGGAAAAGAAGGAAAACCAGCCAGUCUGAAGACGAAGAGGUGUGCAGGGCUGGUCGUGAUGACAGGCCGUCUGUCCCCGCUCAGCUGUCAGACAGAAAAGUGGACUCUGCUGCUGCGGCGAACAACAACAAAGUGAAGGUCAUGGCCACUCAGCUGCUCGCCAAGUUCGAGGAGAACGCUCCAGCCCAGCCAGCAGGACUCAAACGACAGGGCGACUCCCUGCCCAAUCUGGACCUGCUUUUGUCCCCUUCCCCACCACAAAACCCUGUGAACGAGCCAGGGCGCCUGGCCCCCGUCCCGGCCUGGAGAAAGGCCAGAAGUGGCGCCAACCUAUUGUCCAGCUCGGGCUCUCGAAGCUGCCCAAAGAAAACCGUUCUGCUCCCCUCUUCCUCCUCCUCCUCCACCUCCUCGCUCUCUCUUCACUCAGAGAAUAUACAUCCUGAGGAGGAGGAACUAGAAUAUUACGAGAGGCCUCUGACACACAGGGAGGGGAGGCCGUUGCACCUAACAGACCCCGGGCCCAUUCACAUUCCUGGUAUUCAGGAGAGGGCCGAACGCCUGAUCCUAAAGUUUAAGGGCAAACCGGACAGGCCACCAAAGGUGAAGAAAAAGCCGUCCCGUUUCCUUUUAGAGCAGUGGCACUUGUCCCGAGGCCUGGACGGGAGCCCGGCUUCACCGCUCUCCUCUCCUGACUCUUCCAGAAAGGAACGAGUGAGGCCACUGGACUCUGGCCAGAUGCCUGUGUUUGUUCUCAGUAUUCAGGAGCGAGCCGAGCAACUUGCCGCUCAAAUGGAGGGCAAGCGGGCCGGGCCACAGCCUAAGAAAAAGCCCUCCCGUUUUUUUAUGGAUCAGUGGCACCUGGCUCGGGCCCAGGUUCCCCCCGACUCCCUCCCAUCCACCUCGGACACCCGGAGACAGCGCUAUGUAAGGAUGUACACGGGGGGAGUUAGCACAUUGGCUGAGCAGAUAGCCAAUCAGCUUCAUUCUCAGGAAGACUCCAGGCCCACACUUGAACCUGAAAAGAGGGAUGGGGGUUCUCUUAGAAAAGAGUUUCCCGUUAACAUCGGAGGCAGCGACGUCUGCUUCUUUUGUCGGAAGCGUGUUUACGUCAUGGAGAGGCUGAGCGCAGAGGGGAAGUUCUUCCAUCGCAGCUGCUUCAAGUGUGACUACUGUGGCACCACACUACGACUCUCCUCUUAUGCCUUUGAUGUGGAGGAUGGAAAGUUCUACUGCAAGCCCCACUACUGUUACCGUUUGUCUGGCUAUGCUCAGAGGAAGAGGCCUGCUCCUUCUCCUGCUCCGGUCUCAGCUAAGGAGAGUCAGACGCCCCAGACCACCACGGUGACUGUCGAUGCCCCGGGGAGGGCGAUGGCAGCAGCAGCUCCUCAAGCUGAGCUCCAACCCUCAGUACUGGAGGUCAACGGCCUGCAGGAGCCCAGCUUAGCGAAACGCCUACGUGGAACUCCGGAGCGCAUCGAGUUGGAGAACUAUCGCUUGUCCCUUCAGAGGGAGGAGGAGCUGGAGGAGGUGCCUGAGGAGACGCUGGCGGAGCACAACCUCAGCAGUGUGCUGGACAAGCCCACGGACGUCGACCUGGGCUCCAGUAGCUCGGAAUCGGACAUGGAGGAGGAAGAUGAGCAAGAGGAAGCCGAGGAGCUGCCCCACAGCCCUUCGGAUCUGGGCGGCGUUCCCUGGAAGGACGCAGUGGAGCUCCACGCUAAGUUGAGGGGCAACCCCGACGAGGCAGAGGGCGAGUCUCCAGCUGAUGCGAUCAGCAGGGAAGGAGAUGUGGAAGAAGAUGAGGAAGAGGAGGAGGAGGAGGAGGAAGAAGAGGAUGAAGAGGACGACGAAUCUAGUGACGAGGGUGAUUACUGCCCCUGGGACACCGAGCUCCAGUCAGGCCUUUGGCUGGACAAGUUCCUGACAGAUGAAGAGGAUGUUGGUACAUUUAAAGCCAGGAACGUACACAUCCAACAAGUCCUACGACCUGUGGACCCCAGCACCAUCCCAGCUUUGACCAGAACACACCUGGACUCUGGGGGAGACGAGGAUGACCUGCUUUCCCCGACCUCCCAACACCCCCAGCCCUCCUCCACAGCCCCCGCCCACACAUCCACCCGCCACGAAGCAGUGAGAGUCUGGUUGGAGACCUUGUCUGGAGAACUUUGUGAAGAUAAAGAACUGGAGGCCGAAGCAGACAGUCCUGAUGUGGAACCUGGAACCGAACUGGAUCAGGACGACAUCCCUUCAGAUGCAGAAGCCGAGACCCGUUUGCAUCCGUCGGAGAACAACGAAGCUCCUGCUGUGGAAACCGCGGGAGCAGAAAGUCUGGGAAUGGCCUCCACUAUCGACUCAUCGAGCGUCGGCCCAGUGCAGAAGGGCGACGUGGUUCUUUCUCCCCUCAGACCAUCGCUAGAGCCUGAAACAAAAGUAACUCCAGUGACGUCUCCCAGCAUCCGGUUUUUUCCAGAUCCGUUCAUACCCGAGGAAAGAGAGCCUGAGAAAACACCUGCGUCUUCGCCCGUCAGGAGCCCGUCAGCGGCGCCCGUUCCAUUUUCUGCUUCAGUUCCUUUGCCUGCCCACACUGCUCCUGCUUCCCCUGAAAAUGGCCUCUUCUCCGCUGCCUCUCCUUCUGCCUCAGCUUCCACAUCACCUGCUGCCUCUUUAGCAAAGCCAGCCAACGAGUCGCCUGUCAGGUCACCCGUCAGGUCACCACCAACUUCACCCAUCCGUUCCCAGCCCAUCCCACUUCCGGAGACUCGAACGCACAAAUCUCCAGUCUUCCCUCACCGCUCCAUUUGUCCUCUCACAGGAAACCCCCUUUCCCCGAUCUGCGCCCAGCCCCUGCCGUGCCACGAGCCCUCGUCACCCCUCACCUCCGAUUCUCCUGUCAGAACUCAGCCGGUCCCCGCUGUCGCUUCCACACCCAUGGGCAAAGCAGACAAGAAUGACAUUUCCAGGUCUUCAGAUUCCUCGACAGAGGAGUCUCUGUCUAAAAAGGCCGACAUAAUCGAGGAGUUUUGGUUAAAGAGUGCUGAGAUAAGGAAGAGCCUUGGACUGUCUCCUUUAGACCGCAGCAGUAAAGUCUUGGAGAAGAGUGCUGUUACGAGUCCAAAACCGGAGCCCAUCCCUGCAAAGACGCCGUCACCAGAAGUGUCUGAGGAACAGAAGCCCACCAUCACUGGCCGCACUGUCAUUCGUAGACUGAAUAUCACGCUUGAGGGUCAAGUCAUUACUCCCAUUGCUCCUCUAGAGGCCAAGAGGAACGAGCUGGAUAAGAAGGAUGUCAACGGCAGCUCGGGCUUGGGCUUGAAUGGAAGCACGGCUACGAGUCAAACGGUGAACAGCGAUGCCUAUAACACGUCAGACUCCACCAUGCUCACACCGCCCUCCAGUCCGCCGCCACCUGUGCCUGCUAAUCAGUCUCCAGCUGUGUUCAGGCAGCAGCGACAUCAGGUGCCUUGGAGCAACGGAGCAGGAAAAUGUCCACCAGAGCGUGCCAAAGAGUCGGCGAAAACAAAGACUCCCGUUCCCACGCCGAGGUCCCAGCUGAGCCCAGUGGCCAUGCCCAAACCUGCCCCCAGGAAGGUGUCCUCUCCUGAGGCAGCACCGGAGUCAGCGUCGGUGGUUGUUAUGAGGGAGAAGAAAAAGCCCCGACCAGCCGAGGCGAGGAAGUCUUUUGUGGAGACGGUUGAGGAAAUCCCAUUUGCAGAUGAUGUGGAGGAGUCCUAUGAUGAUCGCACGCCAGAAACAAGCAUGAACAAAUAUUAUACUCCACCUACCAGCAAGCCUCCCCUACAUCUGGCUCUGGCAAUGGAAAAUGGGAAACCCAAAAUCCCAGUCAACCCAGUUUCCAAGAGCCAAAGGGCAACCCAGUGCUCUCCAGAAGCCAAGGAGAUUGCUGAGGAGAGAAUUAGAGCAAGAGAAAAGUCUGUCAAGAGCCAGGCGCUCAAAGACGCCAUGGCUAAGCAGCUGAGCAAAAUGAAGGAGUCAGACACGGACAGAGGCACGUCGCCCAAAGUGGCCUGGAGCGCUACCCCAGAGUCGGCUGGAAAAUCUAAAAAUCAAGCCAGGUCUCCGAAAAGCUCAGCUGUGAAAGCUCUAGAGUCAAAGAAGGCAGACGCCGGUCCCGAACGCUUCUUCAGCAGCAACAAGAGUCUGGACAGCUCAGUGGCGUCCUCGGACGGCUCGUCUACGAGCAAAAGCAAGAAGCGAAGCUCGCUGUUUUCGCCUCGGAAGAAUAAGAAGGAGAAGAAAGCGAAGAACGACGGCAGCAGACAGUCGGGCACCGACGAGACGCCACCCAAACACAAGUCCUUGUGGAAGGCCGUCUUCUCUGGGUACAAAAAGGACAAGAAGAAGAAGGACAAGUCAUGUCCAAGCACGCCGUCAUCCAGCUCCACCACGCAGGACUCUGGAAAGAAGAAAACGUCUCCUUUGGGAAGAUCUGAUUUGAAAUCCCGCAAAAACUUGAGUUUCUCCGAGGACUCUGAUCUGUCCUGCGAUGAUGUCCUGGAAAGGUCGUCCCAGAAAUCAAAGGCAGAUUCUGUUUAUGUUCCUCACGCGCUGGCGUUCAAGAGAUCGUACGCCACAAAGAAAACCUACACCGAGGAAGAGCUUAACGCCAAACUCACACGCAGAGUCCAGAAAGCAGCUCGGCGGCAGGCGAAACAGGAGGAACUCAAACGGCUGCAUAGAGCCCAGAUCAUCCAGAGACAGUUGGAGCAGGUGGAGGAGAAGCAGAGGCAGCUGGAGGAGAGAGGCGUGGCUGUGGAGAAAGCGCUGAGAGGAGAAGCAGUUGAGCCCUUUGUGGAGAUGCCUCGCCGGAGACCACUCUCCUUCUGCCCUUGCUGUUCCUCUGAAGGUAUGGGCAAGAAGGAUGAUCCCAAACUGAUGCAGGAAUGGUUUAAGCUGGUGCAGGAGAAGAACGCUCUGGUCCGCUACGAGUCAGAACUCAUGAUAUUCGCCAGAGAGCUGGAGCUGGAGGAUCGUCAGAGUCGGCUGCAGCAGGAGCUCAGGGAGCGGAUGGCCGUGGAAGACCAUCUGAAAAGCGAGAAGGAGCUUGCUCAGGAAAAGCAGAUCCUGAGCGAGAUGUUGGAGGUGGUGGAGCAGCGCGACGCCCUCGUUGCCCUCCUGGAGGAACAAAGACUUCGAGAAAAGGAGGAAGAUAAAGACCUGGAAGCUGUGAUGCUCUCCAAAGGAUUCAACCUGAACUGGGCCUAAUGGGAGCAACACGGCUGCUCCCGGGGUUUUCUUCUCAAAGGCAUCAUCUGCCUCGCACUUAUGUCUUUUUAUUACUUGUCUUCUAAACAGGGAUGCAAGCAUUUGGUCUAAAACCAUCACACCUACAGCAGUGAAUGUGUAAAUAUUCUUCCUUCUCACACACACACACACACGCACGCGCGCACGCACCGUGGCUGCCUCUGACACUGAAGCAGUCUGCAGCGUUUACAUAUCCACUGCCUAAAGGCAGUCCGAGUUAAUCACGUUGCAGUUUUGCUCCUCUCCCUCUGUGUGGGAGGAGAGGAGAGGACAUAUUCACAACUUUAUCUCCCAGCCCUGAAGUGGAUCCUUUCAAGCCGAGGGGCUGUUGGGAGAACGUGUAAAGGGAAGAAUGCAAAUCAGUCCUGCUGAUGUAAAGAAAACUGUUUAUUUUGUGUCUAGUUGUGUAAAGCAAGCAACAUCGAAGGUUAUCCACGUAGGACUGAUGUGAAGGUAUGUGAAAAGGUCAGACUUUUCCGUCUUCUGCUGAAGAGUUUAGCAUCCUAAUGAACCACAAACAUUAUUGCCCUGAAAGGCUUUCUUCAUUUCUAAAUGUGUCCCUGUCGAGUCCAGAGAGUCAACACUAAGAAUCCGUCAAGGUCACGCGUGUUUUUAUCUUUUUGUUUGCUUUUAACGGAUGAUUUAUUUUUCAUGCAUUCACAG